GUGCAGCUCGCUCUCAAACACACACCUUCACGACUCCUGAGUAAGAGUGACACACACUCAGUUGAGCAGUCACUCACACACACACAGGAUAUUGAGGUUCGCUGAGAGACCGUGCGAAGAGCGAGGGACUGGACGAAACCGCGCACAGCCACUGGUUGCUUUCACUCAAGCUGCCUUAUGUGUGGCUCCUCUCAAGGCUUAACAGCCACCUCUUCUCCGUGCAGCUCUGUCAUGUUGACAUCUGAGGCAUCCCCGCAAAGCACAGGGGUCAUUGUGGCAGUGGAGCCCGAGACCCUGGAUUCUAAUAUGACCUCGUGGACUGAGGUGGACUUUGAGGAGAAGUGCACCUACAUCGUAAAGGACCAACCUCAGGAGGAAGAGUCUGAAAACAAGACCAGGGCAGAGAGAUCCUUACCCAGAAACCUGUCCCUGAAGCGCGGCGUGAACUCAGAGGUGCUUGGAGUGUCCAGCAAGGAGUUGAUACCUAAAGGGACGAGAUUCGGGCCACUAGUAGGGGAACGAUACACGGACGAAACGCUGCCACGAGAUGCCAACAGAAAGUAUUUCUGGAGGGUCUUUUCUGAGGGGCACCUUAACCACAUCCUGGAUGGUUUAAAUGAAGAGCAGAGCAACUGGAUGCGGUACGUCAACCCGGCUUGCACGGUGGAGGAGCAGAACCUGGUUGCCUGCCAGAAUGGUUUGGAAAUUUACUUCUACACCAUCAAACCUCUUCGGCCUGGCCAGGAGCUCCUGGUGUGGUACUGCAGUGAGUUCGCCCAGCGCUGCAACUACCCACCCCUGGGACAGCUGGCGAUGGACUCCAGCGAACAAAGCCAAACCCGGAAGACGGGAGGGAAGCGAGGACACAGUGUUACAGAAAUACUCAGAGAAGAGCCAACAAAGACCCACCACAAACCUAUGGAUAGUCCUCUGUCACAGAGAAACACCUCUGUUUUCCCAUUUUGCCCUCAAGUGGUUUACCCAAUCCAGUCUCACUCAGAUUCUUUCCACGGUCACCUGUACGCACCGUUGCCAUCACUGCCGCCCUGUGGCCCUUCUCCUAAAAGGCCCGCCUGGAGAAGUCCUGUACCAUCGAGCUUGCACUUCAGCUUUCAACAGAGUCCUGUUAUAGUUAAACCUUUCCAUGACCAGACUCUGCCUGAGCGCAUCUAUCCCGAUCUGAGACAGGCACCCUUUCUGCUGCCUCACUAUUCCCUUGGUCUUAACAGCAUCCUACCUCAGCCUUAUACCUCUUAUAGUGAUCGCCAUAAACCGUACUUAUCUAUGCCUUCUCACUUGCUGCCUUUUGACGGAUACUCACAACUUUUAAAUCCUUUAUCUCAUGGACAUAAAGACUGCAGAGUUGCACUGUCAAACACAAAGCAAGACCUCAUUCUUUCACCAACUGGUGAACAGAAAGACAACAAGAACCUCAUGUUGAAGACAAACUACCUCAAGAAUUCUACUGAUAAUCUGCCAGUGCAUGGAGACUCCCCCAGUACGUCCACAUCCAACGCCAAAACAAUGGCCACUUCACUCUGCAGGGCGCAGCCCUCUCUAACAUCAGGGGGGCGCUCGCCACCGGCAGGCACUGCCGCCUCUUCGGACUGCCUUCCUUCAAAGCCUACUUCUGCCAUCCAGAGCAACACGGAGGAUGCGAUGGAUCUCAGAAAAAACAGACAAGUGGGGCAAAUCAUUGGAUACAAGACACUGUCCUACCCUCUCACCAGGCAAAAUGGAAAGAUACGAUACGAGUGCAACGUCUGUGGAAAGGUCUUUGGGCAGCUGUCAAACCUUAAGGUCCAUCUGCGGGUACAUAGUGGAGAACGUCCCUUCAGAUGCCAGACCUGCAACAAGAACUUUACUCAGUUGGCGCACCUACAAAAGCAUUACCUGGUACACACGGGAGAAAAGCCUCAUGAAUGCAAGGUUUGCCAUAAACGAUUCAGCAGCACAAGCAACUUGAAGACACAUCAGCGACUGCACUCAGGCGAAAGGCCUUACCAGUGCAAGCUCUGCCCAGCCCGCUUCACUCAGUUCGUACACCUGAAGCUCCACAAGCGCCUUCACACUGGAGAGCGGCCUCACCGGUGUCCUCGUUGCCCCUGUGCCUACCUCCACUACUGCAGCCUGCAAGUGCACCUCCAAGGCUUUUGUCCUCUGUCCCCAAACGCCUCGCACAGACACUCCCCGGAGGAGCUGCAUCGUGUCAACUCCGAAAUUGAGAGGUUUGACUUGAGCGAGGCAGCAGAGCAGCUCGAGGCCAUGACUCCGGAGACCAAGAUGGACAAGGUUGAUGUCAUCGAACUAAUACAGAACAUGGAGGAGCAAACUUCUGGACUUUGGGACGGUGCCCGGGGUACGAAUGAUCUGGGCACUUUCAAGCCAGGAAAGAAGGGCUCCCUACCUUUGCAUCCGACAAGCAUCAAGCUGGAGUCAGGCUGCAUGUCAGAGCCCAAACACAGCCUUGCUAAUCCAGCUAUAUAAUCCUCACAGGUCAAGUCAGCAGCUGUCUGUUACUGCCCCAUUUGAAGUAAAGCCUUCUCUCAAUCAUAGAUUGCCUUGUCCAUACCGAGCAGAAAAUGUAGCGUGUGAAGAAUCAAAUGUUGACCAGCGAGGCCUGGAAGACAGAUCUUUAUCAUUAAUUUAUUCUAUUCUUAAUAUGAAAAACUGCUCUGUGUUUUAAUCUGUGUUGAAUAAAUGGAACAUAUUUCAUAAGGCUGAGAGACCUUUUAUUUCAUGGCGUCAUCAUUCGAGAUGCAUGACUGGGUAGUUUCGGCUGUAGUUGACUUUCCCUCAAGCAAAUGAGCGUUCGUAACGGAAACAUCCUGUAAUACGGUUUGAACGCCAAUUACGACCGAGCCCAGUUCACACGAAAAACACAAACAAAAGCUGCUGAGGCAUUUCCUCAUAGCUUAAUCAAAAUCUUUGCAUGUAGUUUCAUUCUUC